AUGGCAGCCCCCUUGAGCGACCACUUCGUUUUACCCACCAACAAGGACGUGCGUGCGAUUAAGAAGUCUGCAGAUGGCAAGCUGUGCACCUAUUUGUGCGGAAAUUCUCUGGGAGCGUUAUCGAAGAAAUCCAAGGUUUUGGUCGAAGAAGAACUUGAAGUCUGGUCGAAAAGAGCCGUUGUCGGCCAUUUCUCCCAUCCACACCAGAGGGAAUGGGUAGACAUUUGCGAUUAUGUAACCCCCCUGCUCGCCGAGGUCGUAGGAGCCAAAGAAAAAGAAGUGGCUUGUAUGGGCACUCUAACAGCCAACUUGCACCUCAUGAUGGACUCUUUCUAUAAACCCACUCCCAGCCGCUACAAAAUAUUAUGUGAGGCCCGUGCUUUCCCUUCGGACCAGUACGCUUUUGCUUCCCAAGUUCGUGCACAUGGACUAGAUCCCAGGAACGCCAUUCUGGAAAUGGUUCCUCGUGAGGGUGAAUUUACUCUUCGUCAGGAAGACAUUCUAGACACUCUCAAUAGAGAGGGGUCUUCUAUCGCCAUCGUUCUCUUUUCUGGAGUCCAAUAUUAUACUGGUCAAUGGUUCCCCAUGGAAAGCAUAACACGAAGAGCGAAAGAGCUGGGCUGUGUGUGCGGAUGGGAUUUGGCGCAUGCAGUUGGCAAUGUUCCUCUAUCUUUGCAUGAGUGGGAUGUCGAUUUUGCCGUCUGGUGCACGUACAAAUACCUGAACUCCGGUCCUGGGGGGAUAGCCGGCCUUUUCAUGCAUGAGAAAUGGAACGAGUAUGAACAACCAAGACACGCAGGCUGGUGGGGAAAUGAACCUGCGACCCGAUUCGAGAUGCGACCUACGUUCUCUCCGAUUAUGGGCGCCCAAGGGUUCCAACAGUCAAAUCCAUCUGUACUCUCCGUGGCGUCUCUUUUGGGAUCUCUUCAAACAUUUAAAGAAGCAGGUAUGAUGGUACCGAUAAGGGAACGAUCUCUGCAAUUAACCGGCACCCUGGAAAAACUUCUCAAGGAAUCCAAGUACUUCAUUGCCGUUACUGAGAUGCCUACGACAUAUCACAGUGGCGCUGGCCCCCCCAGUUUUACCAUUAUCACACCUGAAGAUCCUGAAUCUCGAGGCGCCCAACUUUCCUUGUUAUUCCUACCAGAGGGUUCGGGUGUGAUGGAGAAGAUUAAUAGCACGUUAACGAGUUACGGGAUCAUUGCUGAUGAGCGGAGGCCCGAUGUGAUACGUUUAGCGCCUGCGCCGCUGUACAAUACACUACAGGAUUGUGAAAUUGCGGCCUCGUGCUUGGAGAAGGCAUUCGAAGAACUCUGUAACUGA